CCCCUCCUCCCACCUGCUCCCAGCCCCUCACCGAGAGAGAAAUCUCGAACUCUCCUGAACCUUCUGAACGCGCAGGGAGAUGGCGUUCGGCGGCAGGAGGGGGUCGUCGAGGUGGGGCCUUCCGGCGGUGAGGUCGGACGCGCUCGGCAAGCUCGGCCCCUCCUUCGGCAUCGGCGCCGGCUGCGGCGUCGGCGUCGGAGUCGGCAUCCUCGGCGGUGCAGGAAUUGGAGCUGGAUUCCCUGGCUUACAGCUGGGCUUCGGAGCUGGUGCUGGAUGUGGAAUAGGAAUAGGUUUUGGUUAUGGUUUUGGAAAGGGAAUGGCGUAUGAUGAGAAUGGGAAAUAUUCAAACAUCAGGAGAUCAUUUCAGAACUCCAGGAGUCUUCCUUACGAUCAAGAGUUUGAUAUCCUGUUUGACGAGGUGAUGGAGAGCACUAGGAAGCUGAUCAAAGCGACGACGAAGGAGAUCGACAAGUGGAGGCGGAUGUAGACUAAGCAGCACAUGAAGGAACGGACAGGUUGCGAUUGUUUCCAGAGUUUCUCUUGCUUUGUCAAUAUUCUACCCCCGGUGCCAUCCAAGUAAAAAAAAACUACUAUCGUGGAGCCUGGAAGGAUCAAUUCGUGAAGCAUGUGCCAGGAUGCAACCAUCAUGUGAUUGAACGCGACGCUCGUUCCGCAUUGUAGUAUCCUUCGCAGGGUCGCUGUCUAUAGUAUAAUGUUCAUCUGUAGAACGCUGUUGCGCAUUGAAAUACUCGUCUUGCACACGGUGUCGCCUCAAAUCUUUCGUUAUCUCGUCUUAAGCAUGCCACCAUUAUUUAGUCUACCUUGCCUCCUUGUAAGUCGUUCCUGUUUUUCUUUUUUCUUGGGCAUCAUUGUUCAACAAGAUCUGUGUUCCUCCACAGUGCUACACCAAACGUUCUCUCAUACUACGUCAGAUGAAAAUGAAAUGCUAUUAGUAGUGUUUUCUUUUU